CUGUAAAUUUUGUUAACAGAGUACAACACAGUCGCCAAAAUGAUGCUGCUGAAGCAAAUCUCACCGGCGUUUCAACUCCGCCGCCGUCUCUCCACCCUCUCCUCCGACGGUUUCACUCUCAAUCUACCAAAACUCGAACCCUCCUCCGACGCCGAAUUAAUCUCCCAAAUGCUUAUAACAAAUCACAACCCAUUCCACUUCAUGGAAUCAUCUCUACAGCUCAACGGCAUCUCACUCUCUCCCGACCUAAUCCACCAAACCCUCCUCCGUCUCCGUCACAAUUCCAAAAUCGCCCUCUCUUUCUUCCAAUAUCUACGCUCCUUACCUUCUCCUUCAACACCAACACCAACCUCCUUCAAUCUCAUCAUCGAUAUCCUCGGACGCGUUCGUCAGUUCGACGUCGUUCGACAACUCAUCUUGGAGAUGGAUCAAACCUCUCCUGAGACGUUUCUAACCCUAACCAAACGGUUAAUCGCCGCGGGGCUUACGCGUCAAGCGCUUCGUGCUUUCGACGAUGCGCCUUGUUUCCUCGAGAACCGUCGUUUCGGUGUUGUCGAGUUCGGGUUUCUUCUCGAUACGCUUUGUAAGUACGGUUACACGAAGAUGGCUGUUGGGGUUUUUAAUGAAAGGAAAGAAGAGUUUGGGUGUGAUGAGAAGAUUUAUACGAUUUUGAUUGCUGGUUGGUGUAAGCUUAGGAGGAUUGAUAUGGCGGAGAAGUUUUUAGCGGAGAUGAUUGAGUCUGGGAUUGAACCGAACGUUGUCACGUAUAAUGUUUUGCUCAAUGGGAUUUGUCGGACGGCAAGUUUGCAUCCGGAAGAAAGGUUCGAGAGGAAUGUGAGGAAUGCAGAGAAGGUGUUCGAUGAAAUGCGUCAGAGAGGGAUUGAGCCUGAUGUUACGAGUUUUUCCAUCGUGCUUCAUAUGUAUAGCCGAGCUCAUAAGUCUGAGCUGACGUUGGAUAAGUUGAAGCUGAUGAAGGCGAAAGGGAUUAGUCCGACGAUUGAAACAUACACUUCGGUUGUUAAAUGUCUCUGUUCUUGCGGG